AAAAUUGACAGGUUGAAGAAGCGAUCUCUUUGUUUUGUGGUAACUUUAUUGUUAAAUUCGUGUUUACUUUAAACAGGGUGUAGAUUAUGUUUUUGUCUAAUACAACAAACAGACACUGUUAUUGUUCAACAGGUUAACAUUAUGCAAGUAUUAUAGCCAUGAAGUCUUGUAUCGCAGCAUCACGUCUGAAGGAUGACGAAGAGGUCAACCAGGAGGUUCCCCAGAACUAUGUGACACAGCCACCGUCAUCGCACUCUGUGUGCCAUGUCGAAUACUCCGCUCCCAUCUCCUGGCAACCAAUGUCCAACACUCGCAGGAGUCCGCCACCAUCGCAGUCACUACCAUCUUCCAAAGUCAGCGAAGAACACAACUGGCAGGCCAUGCAGGUCUCUGUGCGGGAACGGAACGCUGUCAUGUUCAACAACCCGCUCAUGGCUGAUGUUCAGUUCAUUGUGGGCAUACCUCCCAAUGUUAAGACAUUUCCUGCUCAUAAAUAUGUCCUAGCUACUGGGAGUUCAGUGUUCUUUGCAAUGUUUUAUGGAGGGCUGGCCAGUGAAGUGAAUAAAAUUGAGAUUCCUGAUGUGGAACCUGUAGCUUUUCUUAACAUGCUGAGGUAUUUGUACUGUGAUGAAAUCAAGCUUGGUGCGGAUACGGUCCUGCCGACCCUGUAUGCCGCCAAGAAGUACAUAAUUCCUCACUUGGCGAAAACAUGCGUGCGCUACCUGGAGACGAGCCUGAGUGCCCGGAAUGCCUGUGUGCUGCUCAGUCAAGGUCGUCUGUUUGAAGAGGUGGAGCUGAUGCAGCGGUGCUGGGAGGUCAUCGACGCACAAGCCGAAGAGGCAUUCAAAUCGGAUGGAUUCACCGACAUUGAUUACAAAACUCUCGAGACGAUCCUCCGCCGAGAAACAUUAAAUUCCAGGGAGAUCACGAUUUUCAAUGCUCUGUUGAGAUGGGCCGAAACGGAGUGUCCACGACAGGAUCUGGAGCCGACGCCAGAAAACAAACGUUCUGUGAUCAGCGACUGUCUGUUCCUCAUUCGCAUGUCCUCGAUGACUCUGGAGGAAUUCGCCGACGGACCUGCGCAGUCUGGGAUCCUUACUCUGAAUGAAACGACCGACCUCUUCCUGUACUUCACCGCCCAGAACAAACCAGAGCUCAAGUUCAGUAACACAACUAGAAAAGGCCUCGCUCAGUACCGUGUGCAUCGAUUUCAGUCUUCCGCCUACCGCAGCAAUCAGUGGAGGUACCGCGGUCGCUGUGACAGUAUUCAGUUUUCUGUCGACAAAAGGAUUUUCAUUGCUGGGCUCGGCCUGUAUGGUUCCAGCAACGGGGCUUCCGAAUACACGGUUCGAAUAGAGCUCAAGAAGAACGGGAUGAUCCUUGGACAGAAUCUCACAAAAUUCAAGUCUGAUGGCUCAAGUAAUACUUUCCCGGUGAUGUUCGAUACCCCAAUUCAGGUAGAAGCCGACAUGUUCUAUACUGCCAGUGCCGUCCUCGAUGGCAGCGAGUUGAGUUAUUUUGGACAAGAAGGAAUGGCGGAGAUACAAUGCGGCAAAGUCACUUUUCAGUUUCAGUGCUCGUCUGACAGCACAAAUGGAACUGGAGUGCAGGGUGGGCAGAUUCCUGAACUGAUUUACUACUGCUAACAUGAGAUUUUCAGGCUAGCGUGUACAGAUUUUCAACUAGUCAAUACAACUGUGAUGUGUUAUAAUUUAUAUAGUGUGUGCAUGUGUGUGUUUGACAAAGAGAAAAUAUACUUGUGUACAGGGUGGUAAACCUUUUGAUUUUGUGCACAGCAGUAACUAUUGCCAGUGUCAGAAUUCUGAUAUUCAAAUUGUUUGUGGCCUUCAAGGAUUUAUUCACCAGAAAUUGGAUUACAAAAAAAUGGCAAAGUAUCAACAUAUUAUGUUGAGAGCAAAGACACAAAGAUUUUCAGGACUAGCUCUGGAUUAGCAGAAAAUGUCAUCAAAUAAUUUAUUAAAAUUGAAGAGAAAAAAAACCCGUUAUUUUCUAACAAACUAUAAAUUAUUACAUCAAAUUAUUUCACAAAAAGAAAAAGAAAAUUUGCCAGUUGUCUUUAAAAUUCAUAAUUGGCAAAUUUGGCAAGGGUCUGAGCUAACCCCGAAUUUAACAAAACUACAGUUGUGUUUUGUUUUUCAGUAGGAAAUUAUAUUGUACAGUGGAGAGGUGAGACUGUCUGUAAUAUACAUUUACGACUCUGAAAUAAUAAUUUAUCAAAGAA